AUGAGGCCCCGGGGCAGGGGCGGCCUUUCCCGCCGCGCCCCGCGCGCCGCGGCCCCGCCGGAGCCCCCCGCUGCCGCCCGACCGCCGCCGAGGCCAGCCCCGCUGACAGACGUUGCCAAGCUGUGUGUUUGCGAUCUGCUGGUGGCGCAGUGUGAUGUGAACUGCUGCUGCGACCCUGACUGCAGUGCCGCGGAGUUCAGCCUCUUUACCACAUGUUCAGUUCCUGUUGUCACAGGUGACAGUCGUCUUUGCAGUCAGAAAGCUGCAAUAUAUUCACUUGAUGUCGAAGCAAACCCACCAGAAAGGAUAUUUAAAUUAAUUGACCACAUCAAUCCCAAUGUUUUCUGCAUUCAUACUGCAAACUAUAAACAAGCCCUCUCCUUCGCUUCUCCCGAAACACCUACUUCUGAAAAUUUUGAUCAAUUGCUUAAACAGUUUGGAAGUGCCACUUUCAGCACUGAGUUUGAUAGCUGGAAUGUAAACCCAGAUUCUCAAAUUUCUUCUGAUGCAAAUGGAACAUAUAGAUACGAGUAUGGUGUCCCUAUACAGACAGUGGAUGCAUUUGUGAGACUGCCUAGUCCCGUUGUCUCUUCCUGGUGCUCUGAUGCUAAUCCUGCAGGUUUUUUAGUAAACCAGGCUACAAAAUGCAGUAGAUUAGUAAGUGUGGAGAAGUGUAGCACCAUUCAAGCAGUUAGCAUGCUGUUCUACAUUAACUCCAGCAUUUUAGCAGUACCUAAAUCAAGUCAGAUGGUUAAUAUUACUGUCCAGUCCAUAGUUGUUCAGUCUCUGAAUGGAAUACGGACCUUACUCGACAGUAAUGAGGUCCUGAGGCUCCCUGCAAUUUUGGAUGAGCUGUGCAUAAACAUAGUUCUUGGGGUGAGUUAUCAUAUUACAUACACACAAGCAGGAGAAAUAAUAGAAGCAGCUGCUUCUUUUGUCUUGGGGGCAAUUACCAAAGAAACACUUUCAAUACAGCAGAGCUUUGAAAUCAGCUUUACUCAGGUAAAUACAAAGCCGGUUCCUCUCAGCGGUAACCCUGGUUAUGUCGUUGGACUGCCUGUAAGAGCAGGCUUCAGGCCACAGGGAUCUGGCAUCAUUCAGAGCACUGACAAAUAUGGUCAACUUACCAUUCUGCAAAGUACCUCCAACCAGGACUGUCUGGCAGCAGCAGGAGCCAGAACUCCUGUGUUAUUUGGUUAUAACAUGAUAUCAGGCUGUAAAUUAAGAAUCACUGCAGCUAUGGAAUGCCAGCUCCUGGCUCUGACCCUCCUAGAUCUACUGAAGGGACAGAACUUUCCCGACUACGUGGCCUCAUUUGGAAAUUCUCAAGCCCAGGAUGUGCUUGACUGGGUGCCGAUAACUCAUCUCCACAUCUCUGACCAGAGCUCAUGCCAAAUACCAGUAUCACUUGAAAUAGAAGUGCAGUGGACUAAAUACGGCUCGCUAGUCAAUCCCCAAGCCAGAAUAGUGAAUGUUACAGCAACUGUCACUACUGCCACACUGAACCAGCUGCCCUCCGGAAGAGAAAGGAUUGUUCCUAUAACAAGUUCUGUUGUUUUCACUGACAUUUCUUCACCUGCAGAGCCAGGCUAUAAAGCUCGGCCCACCAUUAAUGUCAAAUUACCCUUCGAUUUUUUCUUUCCAUUUGUCUAAGGUAAGUGAUGCUUAUAGAAGAGCUCAAUGACCCUUCCAGCUGACUGACUGAAAGCGACUGCAGAAGUUCCCUACAGUCGACACAUUUUAAAAUUCCCCGCUCAGCGAAACUUGC